UCACCAUUCACCAGUCAAAUAAUUUGUAAAUUGACAGUACACAGUAAUAUUUUAUCAUGUAAAGUGAUUGUGUAUUUGUAUAUUUAUAAAAACAAUAAUAAAUACCCACGUGUGUAGACAUGCGUGAUGAGAUGAAGGGGUGGCAUGGCAUAAAAAAGGACGGAAGGUGUAACGGCGAGGCUUAGCCUCGUGCAGCUGCCGCGACAAUGGCUGCUCGGGAAGGAGUCCGCAGCAGCGCCCGAUUGAGCGGUGCCGCCACAAGCUCCGCACCCGAUGCGGCACUCCGCAAGGAGGCGCGGUUGGCGGCCGCGGAACGCGCCGCUGCCGCUGCCCUGCGCCGGCAGCGAGCCGCCCGGGCUGCUGAGCGCGCCCGCGAGGUGGAGGACAGCCCGCGCGUGCUCCGGGAGAAGUGCCGCAAGCUGGCGCAGGUGCUCAGCGAGGCCAAGCACUUGGUGGUGUACACGGGUGCAGGCAUCAGCACCGCUGCUGACAUCCCCGACUACCGCGGCCCGCACGGCGUUUGGACCCGCCUGCAAAGAGGGGAGUCCAUAGGGCGCGUAGACGUGUCGCGGGCGCGGCCGACGUUCACGCACAUGGCGCUUACGGCGCUCUGGGCGCGCGGCACGCUCAAGUUCGUGGUGUCACAGAACUGCGACGGGCUACACGUGCGCGCCGGCCUGCCACGCCGCGCGCUCGCCGAGCUGCACGGCGAUAUGUUCGCCGAGCGCUGCGCCGCCUGCCGCCGCGUCUACCUGCGCGCCUUCGACACCACCGAGCGCACCGCGCGCCACGUGCACCGCACGCGCCGCCUGUGCCAUGCCUGCGGCACCGAGCUGCGCGACACCAUCGUGCACUUCGGCGAGCGCGGCCGCGCCGCCUGGCCGCUCAACUGGGCCGGCGCGCUGCGCCACGCCGCCGCCGCCGACGUCGUGCUCUGCCUCGGCUCCAGCCUCAAGGUGCUGCGCCGGUACCCGCGUCUGUGGCGCAUGCACUCCGCGCCGCACGCGCGCCCCGCGCUCUACAUCGUCAACCUGCAGUGGACGCCCAAGGACUCGGUCGCGGCUCUCAAGAUAAACGCGCGCUGCGACGCCGUGAUGGCGGCGGUGGCGCGGCGGCUGCGGCUGCGCGUGCCGCGCUACCGGCCAGCCGCCGACCCGCUGCUGGCGCACGCGGAGCCGCUGCACCCGGCGGAGGCGCACACGACGCGCCGCGCGCCGCCUCCCCCCCCGCCCGCGGACACAGACGACGACACCUCCUACUACUCGCUGUCGUCGCCCUCCGCCACGGACUCUGACGACGAGCUGCCGCUGCGCCGCCUAGCCGACCGCCUGCGCCCGCCCUCCCCGCCACCUCCCGCGCCGCCCCCCACACCGCCCCCCUGCCCUCUACGCUCUUUCCAGAUCGACAUGAAGACGGGCUCGGCGACGAUCCUCCUGCGAGCGGAGCACGCGCCGGCCGAGCCACCGCCCCCCGAGCCGCCGCCCCCCGUCUCCGCCGCCGCCCCGGACACCGGCGCGCUGCGGCGCUUCCGCAUGUUUAGGCCCGAGCGGCCCGCCGACCCCCCGCGACUCAACGGCUUCGUCACCAACGGCCACGACCGACCGCGCAGCCCCAAACGGGAGAACGGCCCGGCUGAGAGCGCGAGCUCCUUCAAAACAGACGCCGACAUCAAGGACGAGCUCGGGCCGGUCAAAAUGAAGAAGGAGGACGACGACGAGCGGCUCCGGCCGCUGCUGGAGUGGGAGUCGCGCCUCCUGCCCGCCGCUAAGCCCGACGCCGACUGCGACGCCGACAGCGCGGCGCUCGCGGCCGCCAUCAUCCGCCGCGCCGUUCUCGUGUGUCGCGCGCAGCUCUACCCCGGCCUGCACACCAUCCUGGCGGGCGCGGGCGGCGGCGGCGCGGCGGCGGCGGGCGCGGCCGGGGAGGGCAGCGGCUGCGCCUGGUGCGCGCGGCGGUUCGCGGCUCGCCGCUGCCUGUGGUACGGCGCCCCGCGCGCGCCGCCGCCCGAGCGCCGCGUCCGCCGCCGCGGUCGCCUGUGCGCGUGCUGCGACGCCGAGCGCGCGCCGCCCUCCCCGCCCGCCGCCGCGCCGCCCACCGCCGGCUGGUACGGGAAGGGUUACCGCAAGGGCCGCCGCCGCCGGUAGCGACCGCCGCCCGCGCUCCGCCCCAGCUCAGUCCCCGCGCGGCCACCUAGUUUAAGUGUGACGAGUCGGAGCAGCGAGUAGUUUGUACUUUUGUAUGACGAUGCGAGCGAGCCGAGAGGAUCAUAGGUCGAGCGGGCUGCGAUUACGUUGUGAAUUGUGAUCGUCGAUUAUAUAGUAUGAAGCUCGUUCGCAGCAUGUGAUGAAUGACAAUUAUAUGUAACGGUUGUGAGGCGCCGCUGGGAGUCGAAGACGAGCGACACUAACCGCCGUACUCGGAGACAUUUAAUUACGAUUAACCUUC